CACCACCACCGCAAUUAUUAUGCUUCCAGAACAUCAGUGCUAAACCCCAGCUCCACCCCCAGAUCCGCAAUCUCAAAUCCUCCAGAACCGCCAACCCAUGGGCGCCUCAUCCUCCAAGCCCGCGAGAUCCGCCGCCCAGGCUGUCUCGCGGCGCCAAUACCCAAAACAACCCGUUUCUCCUCCGACCUCCUCCCCAGCACAACCACCACCAGCAUCUAAACCGACGAGACAGCAACAACAACCACAGCCACAACCACGACCACCGCGACAACCGUCGCGAGUACCCCCCACAGGACCAACCUACCACUCAAAAGAACCUCCCUCUCUCGAGCGCUCAUCAGCAAUCGACCUCGACGGCCGCGACCCAGACUUCGCCGCACAACUUCGCACCAUCGGCCCCGUGACUCCUAACCCGACCUUCUCCCACACUAGCACCUUUGCGCGCCAACAACCCGCGCCCACCGUUUUCCCGCCCGCAUCUAACCCGGCGUUACUGGUUUUCUCGGCGCGGCAGCGCCUCACCAAGGCCGCGGAGCAGGAGUUCGAGGCGAUGGGGAGAUCGGGGUUCCAGGGCAGGGAGUUUGUUGAUGCGUUUACCAUUCGGCAGGUCUUGUCGAUGAGGGAUAGGCAGGGAUUGUCGGCGGAGGAGAUUGAGAGGCUGUUGAGGUUGAAGAGUGGUGUUGUGGGUAGGUUGGGGGAGAGGGGGGUGGUUGGGGAUAUUGGUUGAUGGGUUGAGAUACCUGGUGUACAGGAAUAAGUGUACGAUAGGGAAGAGUGGAUGUAUGUAUGUAUGCAUGGUUAUGGAAUGGCAUUGUAUUAUAAUGGGAUGGCGAAGUUGUUGUAGAUGGCUUGUUUGGGGCCGGUCAGCGUGAUGCGUAGGAUUCAAUGUAUGGACUGCAUGUUGUUGCUAUGUUGCUACAUUAUAGCAGAUCUCAUGCGAUUCUGU